AUGGAGCAGAACACGCCGGAGGCGAGAGUAUCGGAGGCAGGGCUGUGGGAUAAUAUGCCCCUUUUGAUGCUCGCUCGGAUAGACGAAGUCCGCUCGACGUUUCAGAAUAGAUCAGAGAUCGAUCAGACAAUGAUGAAAGAAAUGAGGGUGCUCAACGCUUGUAUCAUUAAGGCAAUGCGGAUCUAUCCGCCGGCACCGAAUGGGAUGCGCCGUAUAGUACCCAAGGAUGGUGCCACAAUUUCUGGUCGAUGGGUUCCGAGUGGAACUCGAGUGUAUACCUCUCAGCUGGCUGCCUUCCGGUCCUCUGCAAACUUCCAUGACCCACACUCAUUCCUCCCACAACGGUGGUAUACAGAGACGGAAGACAAGUUCUCCACAGAUGACAAGGGAGCAUAUAAACCGUUUUCCGUCGGUACCAGAGAUUGUAUCGGAAAACAGUUAAGUCCGUCAUAUUUUCUGAACCGUGAGAGUCGAUGA